GCGAUUAGUGUGCAGUGUGGUGUCAAGCAAAAAAAAAAAAGACGCAAACGAAAAACAAGCUUCAAAAGGAUUCUAAAGUUGAAAUCCGGAUUUCGUUCCGGAAAUGUUGUGAAAUCUGGCCAAACACGGCGUCAAAGUGCACCGCAACUCCCCAAUUAAUCCGUAACAGUGGCGAUUGUCAGCGAUAAUCUCAGUUUCGAGCGCUAUUUUCUCCAGAAAAUGCAGCAAGUGGACGAUCCCCCAUAUUUGACUGUCGGCACGGAGGUUAGCGCCAAAUACAAGGGGGCGUUUUGCGAGGCCAAGGUCCGCAAAGUGGUCCGGAACAUCAAGUGCAAGGUCGCGUACAAGCAAACCGGCCUGGGCUCGGGCGUCGUCUCGGAUGAGCAGAUCAAGGGCGCGUUGCGGGUGGGCGCUUCGGUUGAGGUGCGGCAUCCGGAGCGGAAAGAGUACGUGGAAGCGACGUUGACCAAGAUUCAGGACUGCUCGCAGUACACGGUGGUGUUUGACGACGGGGACAUUACGACGUUGCGACGAAGUGCGCUCUGUCUGAAGAGUGGGCGCCACUUUAACGAGAGUGAAACGCUGGACCAGCUUCCGCUGACGCAUCCGGAGCAUUUUGGGAAUCCGGUGAUUGGUGGACGGCGUGGUCGAAGAUCGCGCCAUCUGCUGCAGGACGAUAGCUCGGACGAGGACGAUGAACCGGCGUCCAGCUCGCGGUCGAACGUGGCCGGUGACAAGGAGGAACACAUCGGGAAGGUCGUCUGCGUGGAGACCAGCGAUAAUAAGAAGAAGAAUCCCAAGGAGAAUUGGUUUCCGGGGCUGGUGGUGGCACCGACGGCGCAGGACCAAGUCCGCAUUCGCAUCAAGGACGAAUACCUGGUGCGCUCGUUUAAGGAUGGCCGCUACUACACCGUCCCCAAGAAGGAAGCCUCGGACUUUACCCGUGACAGCACCAACAAAAGCGAAGCGGCCGCCGUAUCGGCCGCCCUCGACUUCAUGGACAAUGACACGCUGCCGCCGCAUUGGGACCGCGAGGUUCUGUUCGGAAACGCGGGCAGCUGCUCGGACUCGGAGCAGGAGCUGGAAACGGACAGCUCGGACGACGAGCCCACCGAGGAGAAGGACCACUUUGUGGCGCAGCUGUACAAGUUUAUGGACGAUCGCGGCACGCCCCUGAACAAGGUUCCGUCGAUCAUCAACCGGGACGUCAACCUGUACCGACUGUUCCGAGCGGUCCAGAAGCUGAACGGUUACAACCGCGUCACCAGCCAGAACCAGUGGAAACAGAUCGCGCUACGUCUAGGAUUCUCACCGGCCACGGCCAGCAUCACAAACCUCGUCAAGCAGGCCUACAAAAAGUUCCUCUUCUCGUUUGAAGAGUUCAACCGAAAGCUGGGCUGCACGAUGGUCCCCCAUCCGCGUACCAAUCGCACCAAGGGACGCAGUCUGGUGCGCGCCAGCUCCGUACAAUCACCCAAAACGACGGAAAAGGACAAACCAUCCACGUCGAAGGCGUCGACCUCGGCUGCUGCUGCCGCCGCUCAGGAAGCUGCCUCCAGCAGUGCCGUUGAAGAGUCUGGAAGUGAAUCGAGUGCGGCCGAAACGCCACCAACGAGCACGGCCAAACAAGCUCCGCCGGCGGCGGCCACCAGUACCAAGCGAAAGCUGUCCGGAGCUGGCGUUGGCAAGGUCAAAGCGCUCGUGGACAAGUUUGAGGAAAAGGAAAAGGAGCGCGAGAAGGAGAAGGAAAAAGAAAAGGAAAAAAGCAAGGAAAGCGUGAAAAAGCAGGAAGAACCUGCUGUGAAAAAGGAGCCCAAGACUCCGAAGCAAGCGCCGCCACCGCCUCCGGUGAAGGCGCCGGUUGAAAGUGAGAAACGUGGCCGGAAGCGGAAGGAGACCGAUUCAACGGAUUCGAAAAAGGACGACAAGGAUAGUGGAAAGGGUUCUUCCGGGGGUGGCAGCAACAGCUCCGCUGAGGGUGGUCCCGGAGGUGGCCCAGGGUCAAGUGGCGGCGUCAACGUGGCAGUCGAUGCCAAGGAAACGAAACGAAGCGGAGACUUCCCGAUCGAGGUCGGUGACAAGCUGAAGGUUUACUACGACGAGCAGAAGGUCACGUACGAGGCGAAGGUCAUCGAGAUUGCCAUGCGAGGAAACCCAAUCUACCUGGUGCACUACACCGGCUGGAACACACGAUACGACGAGUGGGUCCGCAAGGAACGCAUCGCGGAGAAUCUCACCAACAGCAAAAACACCAAGAAGAGCAAAUCCGAACGUAACAGCAGUGGACCGCCGGGCAGCUCCGGCCCAACAACACCCGCGACCACUCCGAAAGCCUCCAAGCGCAUUCGAGGCAACUCCAAGGGUGACAUCACCGCCACCCCCACCACAACAACGACCACCACCCCGGUUCAAACCGUCACUCCAAGCACCUCCGCAGCGUCCUCCCAGCGCAACAAAUCGCCAGCAUCCGCCCCUCCCGGUCCCGGUCACCACCGCCGGCCGGUAACGCGCGGCGGUCACCCGCACUCUUCCUCGCGCCGGCGCACCUCCAACAACACCGACAUCUCGUCGCUGUCCAUCGCCACCGACGACAACACCAGCGACGACUCGGAGGACUCGGACUCGGUGCCGAUCAAAAAGUGCCCCACCAACACCAACAGCUCGGCCUCGUCGUCGUCGUCCACCUCGUCGAGCAGCAGUCUCAGCUCGAGCAGCACGAAAGUAAGUACAACGGCCGAGGCGGGUUCGUCUUCGGAGGCGGCGGCCAUCUCGGCGGAUGAGUUUAGCAACGGAGCCUCCAAGGGUCGCGAUUACGAUCUGAACCAAAUCCGGUCCGAGCUCAAAGGCUUCAAGGAGCUCAAAUCUCCGGCCUCGCCAGCCUCGGACAGCACUGCGACGGCCAACACCGAAGGUGUCACCGCCACGGCAUCCUCCUCCUCCCCGAGCAAGGACCAACCGGAGAAGAAAGCCGUCGAUGCCGACGAUGUUUCCACCUCCGGCUCACCCACGACCACGCUCAAGGAGGAACCGGCCGAGGAGGAGGGAACCGCCGAAGAGGAGGACAUCGACGCCAAGUCGACCGAGUCGGAAACGCUGUGCAGCGAGGAGGACUCGUCGCAGUCUUCGAACAAGGCGUUCUCCAGCUCACCCAUCACGGCGAUGGUCGAUUCGGAGGACACCGCGCCGGAAGCGCCGGUUCUGGAGCCCGCUCCGAAGCCGGUUGUGACGGCGACGACGACGGUGGUGGCAGCGAGUACGGUUAGUUCGACCGUUUCGGUUAUUACGGGUCCGGUGGUGAAGAGUACGACUGUGGUUAAGGUGGUUGAGGUGAAGUCCGUUGAGAAGGAGAAGCCUCAGGAGAAGAUGGUUAAGGCGGUGGAGGAGAAGGCUGGGUCGAUGCCGGUGAGGCCACCGCUUAAGACGUACGGUACGGAAGCUGCGAUUCGGGCCAACGCCGAGAAGGAUGCGGUCAAGUUUGCGUUCAGCACGAUUAUUCGAGAAACUGAACCGUUGGACGCGCUGCCACCGAUUCCCGUUGGAAGUGGUGCUCCGUCGACUUCUAGUGCAGCUUCGACCUCCGUUGUCAAGGAGGUCGCCCAGAUUGCUCCGGUCAUCUCCAAACCGUCCCAACUGCUCCACGAAGACAAGCCGAAAGUGGAGAGCAAACCGCACCACCAACCGAUACAACGUGGAAAUCCGUCGGCAUUUGCUUCCACUUCGGGGCCAGCGGUCAAGGCAACUCCUGCUGCGCCGCAACCUGCAGCUCAACCACCACAGCAACCGCCAGCGACGGUCGCGACACCCCUGAAGAGUACAAAGCUGAUCAACGUUCAGGACGAGAUCGUUGCCACCGUGAUCAACAAGUCGGCGAUCGCUGCGGCCACAACGGCGACAGCCGUAUCGGCGGCCCUUUCGUCCACAAUCCCCGGAACUGCUUCGUCGGUCAACGCUCCAGCCGUACCCGUCCCGGUGGCCACACCAACUCCGCCACCCGCAACCACAACCAGUACGACCACGUUGGCGGCUCUGCGCGCCGAAAAGAAGCUGACCGGAGACAAGAAGGUCGAAAAGGUCAUCCCGUUGAGCAAGCUAGCUCCCAGCAGCUCAUCGGCGACGCUGCUUCCCACAGAGAAGAAGCUGUCCUCGUCGACGCUGACGCCGGCCCAGAACAAGCUGCUCAGCAAGGAGGCACUCUCGAUCAAGUCGAUCUUCGAGUCGAGUGCGGCCAAGCUGGACGACAAGAUCACCGACGUGUACGAGUUCAAGGACGUCGAGUUCGACAUGGAACCGAAGGGAAGCGCCGUAACGGGUGCGGGCACUCCGCGCAAGCUUGUUUCGGAUGUGCCGCAGGCGGAGGUGGUCAGCUCGUUGAUUCCGGCGUUGCUAGUUGAGGAGAAGAAGGUCGUAGGGCUGAAGAAGGGAUCGCUCGUGCGGAAAGCCGACCCGUUGGCCCUUGUGGACAAGAAGGUUAAGAAACCUUCACCCAUCAAGGAAACGGACAAGCUCAAGCUGGUUCGUCGCGAGAAGGAGCGCGAUCCGGAAAAGGAGAAACUCUUGUUGAGCGAGUUGGAAGGUGCGGCAGCGUCGUUCAGCAGCACGAUGACGACGACCCCGGAGAAGUCUUCACCGCACUUUGCCGGAUUUUCGUCGGCGUCAGCUACCAAGAUUGAACAUUCGUUUGAUGUUCUGCGCAAGUCGCCCAACUUUAACGUGGCUCCGCAUCGUGAUGAAAAGGAAGAGGUCAAACCGGAACCGGCCAAGCUGGCCACCGUGACCAAGGGGAUCUUCACACCGGUGAUGUCCCCAACGGGACUGGAGUGCACCGAAUCCAUCAAGAGUCCGUUACGGGUGGAGGAGAAGGUAAAGGAGGAACCGACGCUGGAGAACUAAAAGUACUUCAACGACAUGAACUUUGAGUUUGAUGCACCGAAGGUCGAGAAGCCUCCGUCGAUUGCGGACAAGGUGCUGAAGGCGCUGAGUCAACAGCAACAGCAGCAAUCUGGUCACGGAAGUACCGUCAAGACGGAGUUCCCCAAGUACAUCAUACCAACUCCGGUUCACAAGCACCAUCCCACGCCAUCGGUGUCCAUCGAACCCGUAAUCGCCAGCUCGGUGACUCCAAUCCCAACUGCACCACUCAAGUUUGAAGCGACCAACUUUGCAGCGGUCAUUCCAAUCAUCCCCGUUAAAACACCCCCCGCAACCGCUACCCUCGCGGAACCACCCAAAAUCGAGCUGCCCAACAUCAUCCUGAAGAAGGAGAUUGACCUGUCCAAAACGAUCCCCGUCGUGGCGACCCCACUUCCCAAAAUCCCGUCCACCUUCACCGCCAUCAAGCCGGAGAUUCUUCCCCCGACGACCUGCACCAAGAGUCAAGAUCUCACCGAAUCCAUCAAAAAGCUCGAAACGUCCAACCUGGUCCAGGCCGAAUCCUCCCGCUUCACCCACCACGACGAGGACAGCACCGACAGCAACGACUCCGAGCAUCGCCUCGUCAUCGAAGAUCCGGAAGCGCUGGACCACCCCAGCGUCGUCACCACCCCAAACCAACAAACCGACUUUGAAAAGCUCAUCAAGGUCGAAGUCGAGGAGAAGCCGCACAUUUCGCACGUUGACAUGCACUCGGCAGCGUCCGCCGCGGCCGUUGCCGCCGUCGCCUGCAAGGAAAAGCUCGUCUACAAGACGGAACCAUCUCCGGUCGAGCUCGUCAAGGACGAAUCCAAGCCCAAACCGGCCAGCAUCCUCGAAACCAUCAUCCAGAGCGAGCUGAACACGGCCGCUAGCCGCGGCAUAGGUUCCCAAGGCUACCUCAAGCUCAAAGACCAACAGGACUCGUUUGCCCAAAACGAGCUCGAGCUUCGGCGCGAGGAACAACUCCAACAGCAGCAGCAACAAAACCAACCUCCCCCCUCAAACCCAACCCCACAACCCGUUGUCGCAGAACCUGCAGACAAAAAAGCCGACUCCAGCACCGGCAGCACCGAAUCCCUCUCUCUCCUGCUCUGCGAAGAAACCAUCCCCGGAUCGCCGGCCCCCGUCUGUGGCGUCUCGUCGGCCGCCGCCCAGAAAGAGUCCACCAAGGUGUACGCGGAAACGGGCAGUUCGUUCCUGCAGCCGCAGAACAUUGCAGCCGCCGCCGCCGCGUCCGAUCUGAAGCCGGUCCCGAUGGACCUGGAACCGGUGGCGGACACGACGAUGAAUCCGGCGAGGAAGGCGGCGGACACCGUCGAUACGCCGACCAGCUCGCCGCGGGACUCGGUUAGCCAGGAUGAGAAUCAAGAGCCGGACGCAUCGCCCACCAAGAGACGAAGGCAGCGGAAGGCCAGCGAAGAGCCGACCAUCAAGCGGAGACGAACCGCUGCUUCAGGGGGUGGUUAUGGUUCGCGUGGGGGUCACCGGAACGUGCCCAGCAACGCCACCGACUCGGAGGACAACUCGGACUCGAUGGCCUUCCAGCGAGGCGCCUCGGCCGGUGGCAACACGUCCGGAGCCGGAGGCGGUUCCAGCUCGGCGGCGUCCUGCCGGGGGAAAUCGGGCCGUCCCUGUCAGUACAACUUUUUGGUCAAUUUGGAUCCCGCCCUCAACAGCGCCCAGCGCGUGGCGAUCCUCAAGAAGAAGAUCCAGGAGCUGCGCAAAACGUACAACGCCAUCAAGGCCGAGCUGGCCAGCAUCGACCGGCGGCGGAAGAAGCUGCGAAGGCGCGAGCGCGAAAACAAAAGCAGGCCAAACUGGCGGCCGCCGCAGCUGCUGCCGCCGGGGCGGCCAACAAUUGAACAUUACAACAAAUCGUGUAACUUUACGAGUGAUUAACGUUUAAGCUAAUUGUACAAGAACCUCAAGCAGAAAGGUGAGCAGGAUUGUGUUUAGAGAGUUUUCAAAAGGGUUUUGAAAAGAUAGUAAGUUAUUUUUGUCUAGUUUGAAUUUUUACUUUUAUUCAAAAGACGCGUACUGUUGAUGCUCUGGGCGAGCAGAGUUGGAGAGAUUUUAGUAGCACCUUUUUGGCCAACCGAUCAUGAAACACAAAUUUAGUUUAGAUUUUAGAGUUUUUCAUUUCAGUUAGCAUUAAGAAUCAACAUACAUUAAAAAAUGCAAUUUUAAACGUAGAAGUUAAACCCUGUUAAAAUUAGCUAGAGCAGUGUAGAGAUAGAGAAAGCGCAACUAUCAGGAAAGUCAAAACAAUUUUAAUCAUCAUCCAAGAAGCAAAGUGAAAGCACCCGUAGCAGCAGAUAAGAAAGGCAGUUUCGAUUGUAGAACGCUCAGCUGAAAUAACAAUUGUAUAUAAAAUAUACAGCAAAGCAAAGUAAACAGAUAA